AUCGUGCGCGCGCGCAUGUUUUCCGCGCCACCGUAUCAGUAGGUCGCCGGCAGCCCGAGAGAGCGGACGCGUCGCUCCACUUCCCGCGUUCUUAGUGAUAACCGCGCGUGAUAUCUCAUACACCGAACAUUAUCAGUGCAGAAUAAAUUCGCAGUACGCUGCAAUAGCUGCCCAAAAAUACAAUCAAGUUCAUAUGACGCGAGGUCACAACAACUAAACACAAGAUGUCGUCCAAAGCCAUAUACGAGGGUACCGGCAAAGAACUCAUUAACAGACACAUAGCAUCGGGCACGGCGCUGGUACCAUGCCGGUUCGCGACAUUCGAACAGAACACCGUCUGGGAAGAUGAGCUGGGCAAGAACCCGUGGCUCUCCAAAGAGCAACUAGUAGUAAAGCCGGACCAGCUCAUAAAGCGUCGCGGCAAGCUCGGUCUGGUCGGCGUGAACAAGACAGCGUCCGAAGUCAGACGAUGGCUGGGCGAGCACAUGAACAAGGCACAACAAGUCGGCGCGGCCACGGGCAAGCUGCGGCAUUUCAUAGUGGAGCCGUUCGUGCGGCACGAGCCGAACGAAGAGAUGUACCUCUGCAUCCAGUCAGGAAGGCGCUCCGAUACCAUCCUGUUCCACCACCAGGGUGGAGUCGACGUUGGUGACGUAGACGCCCUGGCUAUCAGGCUUGAGAUCCCCGUUGACACUUUUCCAUCUGGAGAGGACAUCGAACGCACUCUGCUGAAGAACGUCAAAGCCGCCAACAUCAAGAGGAUAUUAACAACUUUCAUCGUGUCCCUCUACCGUGUGUACGUGGACCUACACUUUACGUACAUGGAAAUCAACCCCAUCGUCGUGACCAACGAACGUAUCUAUUUGUUGGACUUGGCCGCCAAGCUGGACCAGACGGCGGAUUUCAUCUGCGCCAAGAGCUGGGGCGAGGUGGUGUUCCCGCCGCCCUUCGGCCGCGACGCCUACCCAGAGGAGGCGCACAUCGCCGACUUGGAUGCUAAAAGUGGCGCCAGCUUGAAGCUAACCAUCCUAAACAAGUCCGGCCGUAUCUGGACUAUGGUAGCCGGGGGCGGAGCCUCUGUGGUCUACACCGAUACCAUCUGCGAGCUCGGAGGCGCCGCCGAACUGGCCAACUAUGGAGAAUACUCCGGAGCACCUACUGAAGGCCAGACAGCUGACUACGCGAAGACCAUCUUCAGUCUGAUGUGCAGAGAGAAACAUCCUAACGGCAAGGUCCUGAUCAUCGGAGGAGGUAUAGCCAACUUUACAAACGUGGCCGACACUUUCCGCGGCAUUAUCACCGCCAUCGAGACCUACAAGGACGCGUUGGUGCAGUACAACGUCACCAUCUUCGUGAGGAGGGGCGGGCCCAACUACCAGGAGGGACUGAGACAAAUGCGUGAAGUAGGCCACCGCCUGCGCAUCCCUCUAUACGUGUUCGGGCCAGAAGCCAACAUGACCGCCAUUGUGGGUUUGGCGCUUGGCCACACCCCCAUUCCUAAAGAGCACCAGCUAGACUACGCCCCUAAACAGCUGCCCAAGCCGCAGACACCCAACCGACCUGGGAUGCAUAGUCCUUGUGAUCUCGACCUGGUGUGUUCGACCGCCCCCACCAGAACCGACCUGGGAGUCGGAAUCCCCACCGCCAAACCACUGUUCAGCGACCGGACCAAAGCCAUCAUCUGGGGCAUGCAGAACCGCGCGAUACAGGGCAUGCUGGACUUCGACUACAUUUGCCGGCGAGCGGAGCCUUCCGUAGUGGCCAUAGUGUACCCGUUCACAGCUGACCACAAACAAAAGUACUACUUCGGGAACAAGGAGGUGUUUAUACCGGUGUUUUCUGACAUGGACGUGGCCAUGAGGAAGCAUCAAGAAGCAUCAGUACUAGUCAACUUCGCUUCGCUUCGGUCUGCCUACGACAGCACUAUGCAGGCCAUGCAACACCCACAAAUCAACACGGUGGUGAUCAUCGCCGAGGGAAUUCCUGAGAACAUGACCAGAAAGAUCAUCAAGGUCGCCGACGCGAGAGGGGUAAACAUCAUAGGCCCCGCCACAGUAGGUGGUAUCAAACCUGGCUGCUUCAAGAUCGGAAACACCGCUGGAAUGAUUGACAACAUUGUUGACAGCAAGCUGUAUCGCGCUGGCAGUGUGGCGUACGUGUCCCGUUCAGGAGGCAUGAGCAACGAACUCAAUAACAUCCUGUCCAAACACGCCGACGGUGUCUGUGAAGGUGUGGCCAUCGGCGGAGACAGAUACCCGGGCUCCACGUUCAUUGACCACCUGCUCAGAUUCGAAGCGGACCCGAACGUAAAAAUGCUGGUUCUCUUGGGCGAAGUGGGUGGAGUCGAGGAAUACCACGUGUGCAAGGCCAUCCGCGACGGACUCAUCAAGAAGCCCAUGGUCGCCUGGUGCAUAGGAACUUGCUCAGACAUGUUCACAUCGGAGGUCCAAUUCGGACACGCGGGUUCGAUCGCGGGCUCAGCUCUCGAGAAGGCAGUCGCCAAGAAUGCUGGCUUCAAGGCUUACGGGGUCACCGUGCCUGAUUCGUUUGACAGCUUGGGAGACGCGGUUCACAAGGUGUACCAAAAACUGGUGGAUGCGGGCAAGAUCAUCGUGAAGGAGGAGGUGGAACCACCUAAGGUGCCAAUGGACUACGACUGGGCGAGGAAACUCGGCCUCAUCCGCAAGCCAGCGGCGUUCAUAAGCACCAUCUGCGACGAGCGCGGCCAGGAGCUAAGCUACUGCGGCGUGCCCAUCACGCAGGUGCUGGAACGACAACUGGGUGUUGGAGGCACCAUCAGUCUUCUCUGGUUCCAACGCGAGCUCCCAGAAUGGGCUUGCAAGUUCUUUGAGCUGGUGCUCAUCGUGACCGCGGACCACGGGCCGGCCGUGUCCGGCGCACACAACACCAUGGUCACCGCGCGCGCUGGGAAGGACCUGAUUUCGUCCGUCGUGUCCGGUCUACUGACCAUUGGCGACCGUUUCGGAGGUGCUUUAGACCGGGCGGCGCUAGACUUCUGUGCGGCUUACGACCGCGGCAUCCAUCCGCAAGAGUUCGUCAACGAGAAGCGAGCUAAAGGAGAGCUCAUCAUGGGCAUUGGACACAGAGUGAAAUCAAUAAACAACCCAGACUCCCGUGUGCGCGAGCUCAAAGCGUACGUCACAUCCCGCUGGCCGUCAUGGCCUGUCACUCGCUAUGCGUUGGAUGUGGAAGCGAUCACUACCAGAAAGAAGCCGAAUCUUAUCCUGAACGUGGAUGGAAUAGUCGCCGCUGCUAUGGUCGAUCUGCUACGUCACGCGCAGCUGUUCACGCAGGAGGAAGGCAACAACUACAUCCAAAUGGGCUCAAUCAACGCCCUAUUCGUGCUGGGCCGUACCAUCGGCCUGGUGGGUCACUACCUUGACCAGAAGAGGAUGAAACAGCCUCUGUACCGCCACCCGUGGGACGAUAUCACCUAUAUGUCCCCCCUGCAUUAGGUAACUAAGAAAAAAGGUACACACAUAAGAACAAGGAAAAGGCAAGUGUGGGUAUAUCUUGAUUACUGCACGCUGUUCAAGUCUUUUUCAAAUCAUUCAGUUCUUAGGCUCCUUCCAGGGCGUUUAUACACGUCCUGAAUAUAGCUUGAGCCUUUUAAAAAUCUAAUCAAAUAAUUUAUUCAGUAAUGUCACUGUCACUACUGUCACUGUCACUAAUGUCACUGUUAAUAUAGCUUGAGCCUUUUUCAAAUCAUAUCAAAUAAAAUUUACACAGUACUUAGGCCCUACCAGGGUGCUUAUACACGUCCCAAAUAUAGCUUGUCUUACCACCUUACUUAGAUACUUUAAUAGUGGAUACCGUAGUCAAUUGACAUACUGUCAAAGCUGUCAAAACGCAACUCCCAAAUUUUGUAUGGCAAAUGUCAUCGGAUUGCGAACUCAAUUCACUGAAGGUCUUAAUUUUGAAGCUAUUAAAAAUCUAAUUGUACCGUUUCAAAUACACAUACUGAGGAUAUACUUAAUUUUUGAGGACGUUACAAAAUUUUUUUUUUUUUUGUUUUUAAUUCAAAAUAUAAGUCUUUAAAAAACAGCGUGUAGGAAUCACAUUUCAAAUCGGAUUGAAGCAAAGUCGCGCGCUAAGAUUAGUCAUUGUAUGCAGGCUUCUAAAUCCGUACAUAGGUUAAGUGGCGAUGGACAGAUGUCUAAAUUGGGGCAGCAUGUUUAUUCAGACAUUUUAAAAGCCUUAAUUUAAAUUUUGAGUCUUUUUCCAAUCGUUAUUUGAUGAUUUGAGUCUUUUUCAGGUCGUUAUUUGAAAAUUUGAAUCUUUCAACUCGUUGUUUGAAAAUUUGAGUCUUUUUCAAAUCGUUAUUUAAAAAUCUGCGUCUUUUUCAAAUCAUUAUUUUUAAAAUCUGAGUCCUUUUCAAUGUUAGUAGUAUGACGUUUAAAUUGCUAGGAAAAGUAACCAAAGACUUUGGACACAUGAAAAAUAGAUUAUCAGUUUGAAAUAUAAACCAUACAACAUUAUAAAGGUCAACGAAUCUAAAGCUUGAAUCGUGAAAUUAAACGUCAAAUCUUGAGUUAAAUUCAUCCAUUUUGGGACUUCAUUUUAUACACGAGUCAGCUUUCAAAAUACGUACAGUCAGCGUCAAAUAGUUCGUGACUCCCAAAGUAGCCAAAAAGAUCGCAACACGUCUUUGUUACAAAUGGAAUAAGGUUGUGUUGUCAACUUUUUGGCCACUUUGGGUGUCACCAACUAUUUGACGCUGACUGUAUCUUAGAACGUGACCCAAUAUAUAGAAUUUUAUUUAAUGAAUAGAAUACAAUGGUUUCUAAUUUAGUUAAAGGUAGAUUUACAUUGUUGGGGGUAUUACGCGGGGCGUGUCUUGUAUGAGACCGCGAACGGCCCGCGCAAACUGUGUACAGUGUGAACACACCUUUAACAGUAAAAUAAUAAUAUGCAUAAUAAAUGUGUUUUUGACACUUGUAGCAUUCUGUACACUAUAUUCGCUAAAUUACUUGAAAAAAUAAAAUCAAUCUAUAAAUUGCGAAAUGAAGGCAAGCGCUUGCUUCAUACUUCAUACCAACCAAGAAAAUUUUAAUAUUAAUUCCCUAAAGAUAACAUGGUGUGAAAAAUUAUAAAAUAAAUUACAAUCUCACACUUAUCAAAAGCCUUGCUUAGUAGUGCGAGAUUGUUUAAAUAAUUUGAAAUAUUUCACACUGCGUUUAUAUAAUUAUCGUUUUUGUUAAUAUCCCUAAAAAACGUUGACAUAACGUGACGUCACAAUUCUAAGUUCUUUUAUUUUUAAGCUGAAGCUGCGAAAGGAAGAUGAAUGCAUGUGAGUCGUAACAAAAUAUUGAGUCUCUUUAGUUAAACUACAUACAUGUGAUGUCAUAGAACUUAAGGGUAAUUAUAAUCUGUAGGUUUACUUUCCCGCGGUUUCUAAACGUCAAAUUGCUGUCAAACGUCAAAUGAUGUGCUCGAUUGUCAAAUUGGACGUAUUUUUUGACAGGAGAAAUGUAAUUGACGUUUAAAAAUCGUGUUCUAUUUUUGUCCAAGGGCGUUAAGGACAAUUUUAUGGUUUUAUUUUUUAGUUAUUCUAAUAUGGGCACUUCUGCGGUACAAUACACAAGUGGGAUUGGCAUUAAAAAUUAACAACUACUUUGACGACAAUUUAACAGCUUUUUCGCUGCUGUCAUUCGUUCAUGACACAUGUCAAUUAAUGACAGUAGUGUCAUUGUCAGUUACAAAUAAUUUAAAGUUUUUAAAGUUAUUCUCAUUGCUUGAAUAAUAAAGGAAUUCUUCGUAUCUUAUUGCAGAAGAUUAAAAUAUAGUUUAAUCGUAAUUAUUAUAAAAUGGGGUUAGUUAAGGUUUAAUAUUAGGUGGAGGCUUUUUUCUGUGACGUCACUUAUGUCAUUCAAC